CAUGGAGAGCUUCUGGGAGCCCAGUGUGCAUGGAAUUAUCAUCAGGGUCCGGGUGUGAGGUGCCUUUGCUGGUGGUGAGUGUUUACUGAGGUGCCCAUUUAGUCCCAGUAAGACCAGACAGGCACACUGUGUGAGAUGUGGAAAGUGGCAUGCAUCACUAAUUGUGCGUGUUUUCUUCCAUGGGGCUUCUUUCGGUUUUUGCUGCAUAGAAAACCGAAAUCCUCAGAGCGAAGUGAGAGCCAGGAGGGCGUCUUCUGGAGAAUGUGGCCGCUCUGGGUCAGGGACAUGCACAGACCUCUCAGUGCCACACGCAAAAAAAAUAUGGCGCAGAAGCUAUCCGAUGAGUCUUCUGACGAGGAAGUAAUUUUUAGUAGGGAUGCGAGGGCACCCACGGACCACGCAGCUGACGUGGUCCGGACCAGCGAGCCGGAAGAGCCGGACGAGGAGAGCGAGACGGCGCUGGGGAGCGACGCGGCGUGAGCGCCGUCCCGCCUCGGGCCGCCUGUGCAUUGUAUUUUCUAAUAUUAUCUUUUCACAAAGAUUGCUUAUAGAAUAUUUCUUUUUCUCCA